AUGGAAACCAUGAAGCAUCACAUAUUCUCCAAAACAACCAUCAACCCCUCUUCACCUACCCCAAAUCACCUAAAUUCUUACAAUCUUUCUUCUUUGGAUCAGCUAUCCCCUCACAUUUAUACUCCCUUAGUACUCUUCUACCCUAGAACAGGAAGCCAUAGCCAAUCCAAUGUCCCUGAUGACAUUUCUUCUAGGCUCAAGAACUCCCUCUCCAAAACCCUUACUCAAUACUAUCCAUUUGCCGAAAGUCUCUCAGAAACAAGCUCCAUGAUCAAUUGUAACGACGAGGGAGUCAAUUUUUUCGAAGCCCGAAUGGAUUGCAAGCUAUCUGACAUUCUGAAACAAUCCGAGCCUAAGACACUUGAUCUAUUAUGCCCAAGUGGCAUACUGUGGAAUGACUCCUAUGAGGGUAGUCUAGUGGUCAUUCAGGUUACAGUUUUCAGCUGUGGAGGCAUUGUAGUUGGUGUUUGUAUGUUGCACAGAAUUGGUGAUGGGUGUACAAAAAACGCCUUCAUUAAGGACUGCGCAGCCAUAGCAGUUCAGUCCCAAGAUCAUCAAGUGUCUCAUGUGUUCAUCUCAUCUUCGAUUUUACAACUUAAUGAUCCACCAGUACUCUCAGAUAAGCUUGAGCAAGGGAAUUGUAUCACGAGACGAUUGGUGUUCAGUGCUUUGAAGCUAGCCAAUCUCAAGACGAUGGUGAAAAACUUAGAAUUAAAUAAUGCCAGUCAGGUUGAAGGUGUCAGUGCACUAAUUUACAACUGCGCUAUGGCGGCGUCAAGGGCAAUAUCAAGUGCAUCUAGCCCAUUUAUCUUGAUCCUGCCAGUGAAUUUACGCCCGAGAAUUGUCCCACCAUUGCCUGAAAAUUCUCUAUCCCCUCACAUUUAUACUCCCUUAGUACUCUUCUACCCUAGAACAGGAAGCCAUAGCCAAUCCAAUGUCCCUGAUGACAUUUCUUCUAGGCUCAAGAACUCCCUCUCCAAAACCCUUACUCAAUACUAUCCAUUUGCCGAAAGUCUCUCAGAAACAAGCUCCAUGAUCAAUUGUAACGACGAGGGAGUCAAUUUUUUCGAAGCCCGAAUGGAUUGCAAGCUAUCUGACAUUCUGAAACAAUCCGAGCCUAAGACACUUGAUCUAUUAUGCCCAAGUGGCAUACUGUGGAAUGACUCCUAUGAGGGUAGUCUAGUGGUCAUUCAGGUUACAGUUUUCAGCUGUGGAGGCAUUGUAGUUGGUGUUUGUAUGUUGCACAGAAUUGGUGAUGGGUGUACAAAAAACGCCUUCAUUAAGGACUGCGCAGCCAUAGCAGUUCAGUCCCAAGAUCAUCAAGUGUCUCAUGUGUUCAUCUCAUCUUCGAUUUUACAACUUAAUGAUCCACCAGUACUCUCAGAUAAGCUUGAGCAAGGGAAUUGUAUCACGAGACGAUUGGUGUUCAGUGCUUUGAAGCUAGCCAAUCUCAAGACGAUGGUGAAAAACUUAGAAUUAAAUAAUGCCAGUCAGGUUGAAGGUGUCAGUGCACUAAUUUACAACUGCGCUAUGGCGGCGUCAAGGGCAAUAUCAAGUGCAUCUAGCCCAUUUAUCUUGAUCCUGCCAGUGAAUUUACGCCCGAGAAUUGUCCCACCAUUGCCUGAAAAUUCUGUUGAAAACUUUUCGUGGUUCUUUUUAAUCAUGGUUAGAGAUGAAAGUGACCAGAAGUUAGAAAAACUAGUGAGCACUUUGAGGAAAGGAAUUGCACAACUUUUUGAUAAGUACACGAAGAAUCGAACAACAAAUGAAUGUUACUCACUGAUAUGUGAGUCUAUCAAAGAGGCAAGAAAGACACUGAGCAAUAGAAGUGGUGUUCAUGAUACUUUUCUUUUGAUAGAUGCUCUGGAAGAGGGUGGUAUAAAAACUUUGGUGACUCUAGAAGAGAAAGAAAUGGCCAUUUUCGAACGCGGCGAAGAGCUUCUUGCGUUUGCUUCUUUGAAUCUUAGAGCUUUAGAGAAUGAAUGUGUACCUAUUUAUGUGUGA